AUGACUGGAUAUGGGGAUCAGACUGGACUCAUGAUGACUGGAUAUGGGGAUCAGACUGGACUCAUGAUGACUGGAUAUGGGGAUCAGACUGGACUCAUGAUGACUGGAUAUCAAGAUCAGACUGGACUCAUGAUGACUGGAUAUCAAGAUCAGACUGGACUCAUGAUGACUGGAUAUGGGGAUCAGACUGGACUCAUGAUGACUGGAUUUGGGGAUCAGACUGGACUCAUGAUGACUGGAUAUCAAGAUCAGACUGGACUCAUGAUGACUGGAUAUCAAGAUCAGACUGGACUCAUGAUGACUGGAUAUGGGGAUCAGACUGGACUCAUGAUGACUGGAUAA